AUGACUGACACAGAUAUCAACAUGGAGAUCAUAACACCGGAAGGUGAAACACCCCAACAAGUAACAAUUUCUCCUCUAGUAUCAAAUGCUCCUAAUAAUUCUGAUCAUUUCACACGUAUUAAAAUGCAACAACAAUUACAAAAUCCUCAAGUCAUUGGAGCACUGGUGGGAACACAAAAUGGACGUGAUGUAGAAAUUACAAAUUCUUAUGAAUUAGAUAUUACAGUUAUUGAUGGAAAAAUGAUGAAAUUUAAUGAAAGUCCACUUUUCCUUCAAAUGAAUCCUUUCGAAAUGGUUACAUCAAAAAAUCUUCCUAUCACAGUUUAUGAAUCGAUAAUUGAUAUAAUUGAUGGACAAGCACAUACGUUAUUCAUAAAGUCACAAUAUAAAAUUGAGACAGGUGAAGCUGAACGUAUUGCUGUUGAUCAUGUGGCCCAUACUGUCCUUGGUGAAGGAGGGGAAGGAUCUUCUUCACCUGUUGACCAUGACAUUCUUCGUCAGAUUGCUGCUCUGUGUAAUCGUUUGCCUACUAUUGAUAGUUUGGAUUUUAAACAAGAAUUUCUUACGGAAUAUAAUGAUGUUUUAUUAACUUCAUAUUUGGCUACAAUAACUAAAGGGACUAAUUCUAUUAAUGAGUUGGUAGAUAAAUUUAAUAUUGCGACUAGUACAAGUAGACAAAGUGGACGAGGGCGUCAUCAAACACAUCAAGGAUUUCCAAAUUUUUAA